GGGAGGAGCGGAAGUGCCCAGCGGCGGUGGCCCGCAGCGGUUCCGCGAUGGUGGGCGGCGGCGGGGCAGGGGGCGGCCUCCUGGAGAACGCUAACCCGCUGAUCUACGAGCGCUCUGGGGAGCGGCCGGUGACCGCGGGCGAGGAGGACGAGCAGGUUCCAGACAGCAUCGACGCGCGCGAGAUCUUCGAUCUGAUUCGCUCCAUCAAUGACCCGGAGCAUCCCCUGACGCUGGAAGAAUUGAACGUCGUAGAGCAGGUCCGGGUUCAGGUGAGUGACCCCGAGAGCACAGUGGCUGUGGCCUUCACACCCACCAUUCCACACUGCAGCAUGGCCACUCUCAUUGGGCUGUCCAUCAAAGUCAAGCUUCUGCGAUCCCUUCCCCAGCGUUUCAAGAUGGACGUGCACAUUACACCAGGGACCCAUGCCUCAGAGCAUGCAGUACACAGGACCAGGGUGUCAGGCUUUGUAGUACAGGAGGCAGGCAGACAUGAACAGCCAGGGGAGGGGCCCCAAGAAGUCAACAAGCAGCUUGCAGAUAAGGAGCGAGUGGCAGCAGCCCUGGAGAACACCCACCUGCUGGAGGUUGUGAAUCAAUGCCUGUCGGCCCGCUCCUGAGCCCACCUUUUUGCCCCCAGCCCCAUCCAGGGCUCAUGGCCUUGUUUUCUUGAAUCACUGAAAAUGAGAAACUAACAUUUUGCAUUUUGUAAUAAACCCUUAAUUUAUAUUUA